AUGGACUUCAAGCCCCGACUCGGUGACGUGCGCCGACUGAGUGAGCAGGCCGUGCUGGACCAUAUUAACGAUCGCACUAGGUCCAGACAAUAUCCUGCACAGAAGCUCAGACGGUUAGAAAGCCUCUUGGAGGUCCCUGAUCAUGUCCUCGCCUGCCAAGCCUUUUUCCAAGGUUUUAUCUUUCCUGAGAAGGACGGCUUCACAGUGACAUGCUAUUUGGCCCGCGACCCUAAACCUUUCUAUGGGGUGAUGGUAAAUAGGAAGAUGCCCAACACAGGCGAGGAGGAGUGCAUCAUGCUCAUCGCCCCAAGCAAUGAACACAUGCAAAAGUGGCUGACCGAUGUGCAGUUUUUGUCUGAAGGGGAGUACAAAAAGCUGGGGAUUGAGACCAGAUGUGGCGCCGUCUUGAGCGAGGACGGCCUGCUACAGCUCUUCUUCCGUGGGAGGGAGGCUGCAGACUCCACUGCUAAUCACAGCAACGACAAGUAUCGCACGACUCUUUCGUACAAAUUGUCCACGUCCACCGACCUCGAGGCCCUCGUACAGGAGCUGCGGCCGUUGCGACGGUUCUGGCGCCUUCAUGCCGAGCAGUCCGCUGCUUGGAACAAGAUUCAGCGCAAGCACUACCCCUCAUCUCUGACCGACACCCCCAAGCAAAAGAAGAGGGCUGUUCAGGCUAGAACCAAAUGGUGGGAUACGCGGGGCCGGAAAGCCGUAAUGGCCGGGAUGGCCGGUCCCUAUGUACCGCUUGUCGCCCCCAUUGAAAACCACCACUUCGCCCUGCUGGCUUGGUUCGUGCGGCUCCGGGCCUUGUUUCCCGCCUCCGACGGCUUUGUAUACUCCUUCUUCCAGUACGGCGUUGGCAAAGACCAGCCAGACGAGAAGGCAAGGAAGAGAUACAAGUGUGUUCGGAUCAGCAAAAAGCAGGAGAAUGGUAGCGUGACUGCCGUAAUGACCGCGAUGCUGAUGUCCAGGUGCUACUUCACCCAGGAAAAAAGGCCUCUCGAUCUCCUUGCGCAGCAGCAGGUCUGGUGCACCGAGGCCGAGGUGCUGUGUCAGACCGGCCGGCCGGCUUAUCUCGCCACCAUCGAGCCCGCGUCCGGGGAACUCACGGUCUAUGAGAUUCCGGACCCGCUGGGGCCUUUUCUUCCUGUUCAGUGGUGCUUCCUGACUCCCUGUAGCACAAGCAGUGCCUCGGAGCGGCUGCAUACACGCCUCUAUUUCAAGGAGAUCUUCAAUAAGAUCACCAGAGAUCGAGUUCGGUUUGUGGAGCCAGAGGUUGAGCCAGUUGGGAAGCGAGAACGCUACGCCGCGAAGAUCAAAUCGCUGAUGGCGCUUUCAUAG